GCCGCCUUUCUCACAAUGUGUCACGGACAUCCCCGAUACCAUGAAUGUGCUCACACUUCGCUCGUCUGGUAUUAUUGUCCCUCGGCGAAGAUUGAUCUGGAGACGGGCUACGAAACGCCUUGCCGGAACACAACAUUUGCACCAGCCCAGUCAAGCUCACUGUCCUGCCCGCUCAAGAACUGCCAGUUUGCAGACAAGGGCGGUAGCUGGAUAUGCUGCAAAUGCAACCAGGGGCCUAAUACCCAGGGCUGGUGUUCCACUCCCUUGACUGAUAUCCAAGAUGAUAUGGGCUCGCUGAGGAUAGGGGGAGACCAGAGGACGUGUGAUCACGGAUGCUGUGAUGACUGCAGGAGAUUCGUCACGGAUAGUCGCAAGGGGAGACCACGCAAGUACGCGUGUGGUACAUCGUCCAGAAAUGCUGGGUGCGAGUCACCAUAUACUAUGAUGAAAGGGUUGUCACUCGACAAAAAUUCAGAGUCUGGGAGCACGGCUGCAUAUUCGUCGUCUAGCAGCUCGUAUGACUAUCGAUCCAAGAAGUCGAAGUCAUCCAAGAAGAGCCACAAGUCGAAAUCUCGAAGCUGA